AUGGCGCCUUACCCUGCCCCGACUCCGGCCCCAAUACCGGCUGCGACGAAUGUAUAUUCGGCCCACGUGACCACGGUCGCUCCGCUGACCACGACCUUCACCCCGCCUGCAGCGUGCGCCACAAAUAUUCCAACAGUGAUCGCAGGUAGCUGUUAUGGCGUAAACUCUUGUUUCUCUUACGGAACUGCUGAUUUUUCCUAUUCUGCAUAUGCCAGCCAAAACGCUCUCUGGUGGGGGAGCGACUGGACGCAAAAUGGAGCCGUGUCCUGUUAUCCCUCAGGCUACUCUGCAUUCAAUGCCUUCACUUUCUCUCCUGCUAUUAGAUGCCCCAUGGGAUAUGCAACUCUUUCGUGGUCAUCUUUGUACGGACCCGACUACGCCGUUAUCUGUUGCCCAUCUCCUAAUCGAUUGAGUAGUGGAUAUUUGGGUGUAAUAUAUGCCUCCUCGGCAUCAAAUUAUUGGUGCACAAAGUACAUGACACUUGGGGAUACCGGGGUAAUGGUUGCGAUCGGAGGAACUAGUCUCUACGACUCCUCCUCAUCCUUCAUCCAGCAUGUUGAGACUCUAAGCGUUAUUAAGACAUCUACAUUCUCGAGAUUCCCUGGAGGUCUCUCCUCCUUGCUUGUCUAUGCAGACGGUCUUCAACUCCGCGUUGCUAAGUCCUUGGUCUCCGGUACGCCAAUUGUAUCACCACUGGCCCCUGGCCCUACGACGACUGUCACAAGUGACAACACCAAACCUAUCGGCAAUUGGUCUACAUACGAUGGGAAACCGCACAUUUUCCGGCUAAACUUUCCUAUCACCAUCCUUAUUAUAGUCUGUUUUGCGUUUGCUGGAUGUUGUUGCAUGGCGGUUUGCUGUUCAUUCUUGAAAGGUUGUUGUAAGGGUUCAGCAAGACGAACACGAGUACCCCCUCCACAACAAAUGGAUCCUUCGUUCCCAAACACACCUUCCCGACCCCGCAGGACCCCUGUUCCCCCUAUUCCCCCGGUUCCUCCCGUUCAACAGAAACAACUACCACCGCUGCCUGCACAGGCCCGUCUACCUCUUCGGCCAAGUGUACGAUCUACUUACAAGCCUCCGGUAUGGACACCGCUUUGCUCACACAAGGCGAGGGCAUCGUGUUCGGCGGGGAGAGCUGUAAAAUGCUGUAGAUGUGUGGAUACUCGCGCUCGGGUAUUUCCAGACACUCGAGCGGCAACGUACUGCCUAGGUUGCAAGUCUUUCUGGAGGCUGAAGCCCCCUCAUGCUGGUCCAGUUUCUGGUUAUCAACUAUCUUGUGAACACAAGAGCAGAACCGGGUGCAUAUCGGGCUCAUCACUGGCAUGCUGCGGCUGCCAGGAUAAUCGCCUCCACGCAAUGCCGCGAAGCGCUCGAGUAGGGACCUACUGCUGGGCAUGUAAGACCUAUUGGCUUGAGCAGCCCAAAGGAGUGGUUCCUUCCAAUUGGGAUUCACUCGCUUGCCCCCACAAAAAAAUGUCGGCAUGUAUGCGGGAUAACUCGAUCCCAUGCUGCGGAUGCAAGGACCAGCGCAGAUCGCGAAUGAUGCGCAAUGACGGAGUCCGGUCCUACUGCGUGGGGUGUGGGUCCUUCUGGAAAUCAAAGAGUGUAAACGAGGUCCCUAGUUGGUGGGAAGGAAAGCCCGACUUAUGCAAACACAAGGUCGAGACUUCUUGCACCCUUCCCCAGGACAAGGCUUGCUGUACGUGCGAAGACGAGAAGUUACGGCCGAGACCCCUCAUUAAGAGUGAGAGAAUCAAGAGCUAUUGUGGGGAGUGUCUCGUGUAUUGGACGAUGCGUUCCGGAAGCGGCUUGCCAUCUUGGUGGAAAUGCGAACAAGCGGAGGAAGAUGGUUAUUCCUUAAUUCUUCAUGCUAAGUUCAAAAAACCGGAUUCCAUUGCCGAUAAGCCAGGUGGUUACUUUCAGUGGCUCUCGCAAAGUGUUCUACAUUCAGCAAAGUAUUCGGCUUUACCGAGAGAUGCAUUCGAAGGAAUGCUUGACAGGGGGCCGACGUAUGCUACACCCCAAUUCUGCGUGGAUAUCGGGGGGCGCCUUAAACCCGAAAGUUCCUCUCUGAAUCCCCGUGCUUUGACCAAUCAGACUAAUGUUGAAUCGAUGCCAGAAGGACAGCCCAAAGGGAAGCAGAAAGUGUUAGGCAUGGGGAAUUGGCAGUAUUCUGAGAACCCACGCGUAACUGUGGAGGAUGGAAGGCCGAGUACACCUCCAAAUGAUGCACCGUCAAAUAUAUCUGACCUAGGCCCAACAUUCUCCGCGCCGAAGUUCGAAGUUCCUGCCGAUAUCAGCACGCCUUCUCCAAGAGCCUCAGGUAGCAGUGUUAAACAGGGUUGGAAGGGAACACGGAAAAGCGUCUUGCCAGAAGUAAGAGGACGAAAACCUUGGGACCGCGGGCUCCAAAGAGGUCAACCAAAGUUUCAUGUCUCUGAGAACGGAACUUUAGACAAAUAG